GAGGAGAGGAGAGGGAGAGGAGAGGAGACUCGUCUCUCCCUAUAAAGAAAGCCAAAGAACACGCGGAAGGGUCGAUCCGGAGAGAGAGAGACAGAAGCGCGUCUUUUGACCUUGUAAACCCCGUCCGACCCCGAACGACUCUUCUCCUCCUCCUCCUCCUCCUCCUCCUUCUUCAUCCGCCACCGUUACUGUCCUCUAUGUUAAAAAGGGAGGAGGGGAGAAAGAUUAAAGAAAGCACCUCCGUUUCAUCUCCAAGAAAACCCAAGAAUCACCGUCCCUCUGUCUCUCACUGAAAUGAAAUGAAAUGAAACAAGGCGCACGCAUCCCCACAUGCAUCACUCUCUCGUUUAACUCUCGUCCAGCUAAUACCCUCUUUCUCUCUCCUCCAGCUUUCAAGCCCUGACUGUCUCCCUCUGUCUGUCUGCUCUGCAAUCUCAGUUCUUGAUCCGUUUCUUUCUUUCCCGCUAUUCGAUCUGGUCGAAACCGACCGCCUUUCGGUAGAGGAGGGGGAUCGGGAUUAUAGCUCGGCGAGGGGUCCGCCAGCCGAUUGGGGGAUGGCGGACUUGGUGAAGCAGAUCCUGGCGAAGCCGAUCCAGAUGGCCGACCAGGUGGCCAAGGCGGCCGACGAGGCCAGCGCCUUCAAGCAGGAGUGCGCGGAGCUCAAGUCCAAGACGGAGCGCCUCGCGGCGCUCCUCCGCCAGGCGGCGCGGUCCGGGUCCGACCUCUACGAGCGGCCCACCCGCCGCAUCGUCGAGGACACCGAGCAGGCGCUUGGCAAGGCCCUCGCCAUCGUCCUCAAGUGCCGCGCCAACGGGCUCAUGAAGCGGGUCUUCACCCUCAUCCCCGCCGCCGCCUUCCGCAAGACCUCCUCCCUCCUCGAGAACUCCAUCGGCGACGUCUCCUGGCUCCUCCGCGUCUCCGCCCCCGCCGACGACCGCGCCGACGACGGGUACCUCGGCCUGCCCCCCAUCGCCGCCAACGAGCCCAUCCUCUGCCUCAUCUGGGAGCAGAUCGCCACACUCCACAACGGCGGUUCCCUCGACGAGCGCUCCGACGCCGCCGCCUCCCUCGUCUCCCUCGCCAGGGACAACGACCGCUACGGCAAGCUCAUCCUCGAGGAGGGCGGCAUCGGCCCCCUCCUCCGGCUCCUCAAGGAGGGCAAGCCCGAGGGCCAGGAGAACGCCGCCCGCGCCAUCGGCCUCCUCGGCCGCGACCCCGAGAGCGUCGAGUACAUGAUCCACGCCGGCGUCUGUCAGGUGUUCGCCAAAAUCCUCAAGGAGGGUCCCAUGAAGGCCCAGGCCGUCGCCGCCUGGGCCGUCUCCGAGCUCGCCGCCCACUACCCCAAGUGCCAGGACCUCUUCGCCCAGCACAACAUCAUUCGCCUCCUCGUCAGCCACCUCGCCUUCGAGACCGUCCAGGAGCACAGCAAGUACGCCAUCGCCACGCUCAAGGCCAAUUCCCUCCAUGCCAUUGUCCUUGCCAGCAGCAACACCAACCAGGCGGCGGCGGCCAUGGGUGGGCCAAACAGGGCGGCCACAGCUGGGAUGGGCUUGGAUGAGGACAGGGAGGACGCCAGUCUCAUCGCCCAUCCACUUGGCAACGCCCGAGCGAACAAGAUGCUCAAUGUGGUCGCUCACACGAUGGCAAUGAAUGCCGCCUCAAAGCAGGCAGAGAAGCCAGCCGAGAUCAAUCACAUCGCCAAUGGGAAGCAGAAUUACCAGUCUCUCCCGCCGCUGCAGCACCGGCACCACCAGCACAGCCACUCGGUGUCCGGGGCCAACAUGAAGGGCAGAGAAACCGAGGACCCGGCCACCAAGGCCCAGAUGAAGGCCAUGGCCUCACAGGCCCUCUGGCAUCUCGCCAAGGGGAACUCCGCGAUCUGCCGCAGCAUCACCGAGUCGAGGGCGCUCCUCUGCUUCGCGGUGCUCCUCGAGAAAGGGCCCGAGGACGUCCGGUUCAACUCUGCUAUGGCCCUGAUGGAGAUCACUGCCAUGGCCGAGCGGGACACGGAGUUGCGGCGAUCCGCGUUCAAGCCGAACUCGCCUGCUUGCAAGGCCGUGGUCGACCAGCUCCUCAAGGUCAUCGAGAAAGCCGACUCAGAUCUCCUCAUCCCCUGCAUCAAGGCCAUCGGGAACCUGGCCCGGACCUUCCGGGCCACGGAGACCCGGAUGAUAGACCCGCUGGUGCGCCUGCUCGACGAGCGGGAGGCUGAGGUGUCCCGGGAGGCCUGCAUCGCCCUCGCCAAGUUCGCGGGCACAGAGAACUACCUCCACCUCGACCACUCCAAGGCCAUCAUAGGCGCGGGCGGGGUGAAGCACCUGAUCCAGCUGGUGUACUUCGGCGAGCAGGCGGUGCAGCUCGACGCGCUCGUCCUCCUCGGCUACACCGCGAAGCACGUCCCCGACAGCGAGGAGCUCGCGCAGGCCGAGGUGCUCACCGUGCUCGAGUGGGCGUCCAAGCAGUCCCACAUGAACCAGGACGAGAAGAUUGAGGCAUUGUUGCAGGAUGCCAAGAGCAGGUUGGAGCUCUACCAGUCUAGAGGGUCAAGGUUAUUGUACCAUUGAAUUGGCCCGAUGAAUGUGUAGAUGUUUGAUCUUUGUCCAGAAGAACCCAGAAAAUAAAGAAGAAAACAGAAAAAAAAAAAAAAUUGGGUUAACCUUAUUUUCUUUUUCCCUUGUAUCUGUUCUUUUCGGUUGUCCACGAUUUUAGUGUGUACAUAAAGAGUUGAUUUUUCUGUAAUUGAUUAGAAGAAUCUCUCUUGAGCCAUUCGCAGCACUUGCCUGCAACUGCUAAUUAGGCAGAGUCCUCCUUCUCUGUUCUGCUC